AUGUUAUCAGAAACUUGGCUUUCUAACAACGAACAGGUUGAAGUUGAAAAUUUUAAUCUCAUCACACAAUAUAGGCGACCAAACAUAAAGCGUGGAGGAGGGGUCUGCAUUUAUCACAAUACUGACGAUUCACAGCGGGAGUGUGCGGUCAAUGGUGAUACUCAAUUGAGAAGAGGUCCCCAGCACACAAGUCUAACUAAAUCUGCUAAUAAAAAUCUACCGUGCAUAAUCUAA